AUCGAAUAUGUUAGUUUCCUGCUUACCGCGUAAACAACCCGCUCAACAAUAUAGUCUGCCUGGCAACUGAUGAUGUUAGCCAAUCAGCUUGCCUUGCUUACUUUAACAUGAUUGGACACUGUACCCGUAUAUAUACCGGUGCCACCCCUGGGCGGAAGAAGAAGCCAGAUAGAAGCCCGGAAGUAGAAGCCCAGAAGGAGCCGCAGAGAGCGGACCGAUAGAGGCUUCGGGGCAGACUGAAGCACAAGAGGAGCCGCGGAGAGCGGACCAAAGGAGGCUUCAGCUGGGAGAACCCAGGGCAGGCUGUACGGAGAAGGAAAAUAAAAAGAAAAGGUUGUCCACUACCAGACUGUGUCGUGUGUCCUUCCUGCCGGCCGGGAGCGGACAUCGACAUUUGGAGGCCCGCCCGGGGACUGAUCACCCCCGCGACGUGGAAGUGGACAACGCUCCAGUACAGAGCUGCGAGACAGGUGAGUUGGGGAUAAGCCUGGGCUCUGGGUGGCGCGCACCUACAGGGCUUUUAGACUCCCCUCAGGCUCACGCGUAAGUGGCGGAUUCCUUGGGCCUCACGCGGUGAGUAACAUAUUAAAAAAUGGGAAACAUGCUAGGUAGCGGCACUAAGAGCGAGGGUGGUUGUGGAGAAAGCUCUCAAGAGCUUACAAAAGUAUGCAGGGUAUCUGAGCAGGCCCAGUCAGGGAGCUCCCGAGAGGGGUCUGUCAAGGGGAACAAGGAUGCUAAGGAGGAGGACGGGGCUCUAGCCUCGGAGUCGUCUGACUCCGAGGACGAGGGAAAGUUGAAUGGCAAGGAGGCCAAAGAGACCAGCUGUCAGGAGCCUAAAUCGCUCAAUAAGGAGUCGCAGGGUUCUUUUCCAGCGUUGCCCCGCGAAUUGCGCUCUGCUCAACCUGGUCUGCGGAGGAGUAGAGAGCUCCUGAGCGCUCCCCGGCGCGAGAGGGAGGCGAAGCCUUCCGCCCCACCUUGGGGGCCGUUUCCGGAGGCGAUCCCUCGCCGCGGGGCGGCCGCCCGGGAGCUCCCUUCCUCUUCGCCAGAACAGGAAGUGAUGCACGGGCCCCCAUUUUCCGCCCAAUCACGGCCGCUGUCUUAUGCUCCGCCGCCGGCAGGUCGGUAUUUUUACAGGCGGCUUUGGCAGGGGGGACGCUUGUCUCAUGAGGUACAUCCACCUGGGAUAGAUAGUGGCCCCUACGAGAUAUUUCCUGUACAAGUAGCUAUGGGCCAGGGACGCAAUGUAUGGGAGCCUUUUGAGAUAAAGCAGAUUAGAGAACUUAAAAAUGCAGUUACAACCUUUGGGCCGACUGCGCCUUACACCAUUGCCAUGCUGGAGAAUCUGUCUUCUGGGCCCCUCACCCCCGCGGACUGGAUUCAGCUGGCAAAGGCCUGUCUGCCCUCGGGCAGUUACCUGGAUUGGCGAGCCUGGUAUACAGAGUUCUCUGCCGAGCAGGCUGAGAAAAACGCCAAUCGAGGAAACCGGGGGUGGAACAAGAAAAUGCUUAUGGGAGAAGGUCGGCACGCUGAUGACCAGACCCAGUUCCCCGGCGCUGUCUAUGAGCAAAUCAAUGCCAUAGGACUCCGCGCCUGGAAGCAGAUAAGUGGUGCCGGAACAGCCUCCUUGUGUCUUUCAAAAAUAAUUCAGGGUACCACAGAGCCAUUUGUUGACUUUGUGGCCCGAAUGCAAGAUGCUGCCGAUAAGAUAUUUUCUGAUCCGGGAGUGGCUCAACCGCUGGUAAGACAGCUGAUUUUUGAGCAAUGUACAAAGGAGUGCAAGGCAGCGAUAGCUCCUCAUAAGAACAAGGACCUCAAUGCCUGGAUUAGGAUAUGCAGAGAGAUAGGGGGGCCGCUCUCCAACUCGGGAGUGGCUGCUCUCCUGGCCGCGGCUGUACAGCAGAGGGGACCUCGCGGGUUAGAAGGGGAAUGUAAGGCUAAAGGGUGUUUUGCCUGCGGGGAGCCAGGACACAUUAAACGUCACUGCCCAAACAAUGCAGAUGCUAGGCCUCGCCCUAGGAAUGAAGAACCAUAUGUUUGUGGGCGAUGCAAGAAGGGAUCACACAAAGCUGAGGAGUGUAGGUCGGUCUUUGAUGCUCAGGGCAACCGUAUUUGUGGACAAGAUGCUAGAGAGCCAAAAAACGGCCAGAGGGGGCCCCCUUCACAGACGGGCCCCCGCCCCAGAGACAGGACAGCUCAGGGUGGCAGCCUUCAACAAGGGCCACCCCUGGGUCAGCAGGUGUGGACCUCAGUGUCGCCUCCAGACUUAUAUGGGUGUUCAUCUUGUCAUUUGUCACUCAGCACCCUAUAAUUUUUCCAAAGGUUACUGCCUCUGAGCCAUUAGUCCCAGCAACUACAAUAUACACAGAUGGCUCCAAGACGGGGAUAGGCGCCUAUGUGAUCCUAGGCAAGCCCCCGGUUACCAUACAAUUUGAACCAGAUCAGCCUCAGGUGGUGGAACUACAGAUCGUUAAAAUGAUUCUUGAACGGUUCUCAGAGGCCAUUAACAUUGUCUCCGAUUCUAGGUAUGUGGUCAAUGCUAUGCAAGUGCUUGAGACUGCCGGUUUAAUUAGAUCCACUUCCACAGUGGCUGGACUGUUCCUGUCUAUCCAGACAUUGCUUCAGAACAGACACCAUAAGGUCUUCACCACCCACAUAAGAGCACAUACAUCCCUGCCAGGGCCUAUGGCACAGGGGAAUGCGGCUGCUGACACUGCCACUCGCCCGUUAUGGAUUUUUACCUUACUAACACCAAUCGAGCGAGCCCGUGCCUUCCAUGAUAAAUUUCAUGUUAAUGCCAGGACACUAGCAAACCAUUUCCAUGUUUCUAGAGCAGAUGCACGAGAUAUCGUGCGACUAUGUGACUCCUGUGCCACAUACAAACCUGCCAUACCGAUGGGAGUAAACCCUCGAGGUUUGAUCCCUGGUGAUGUUUGGCAGAUGGACAUCACACAUAUACAGGAGUUUGGGACUCUUAAAUAUGUUCAUGUUUCCACAGACACCUGUUCUCGCGUCAUAGUUGCAACAGCAGAAACAGGUGAAAAAGUGUCUAAUGUGAUCAAUCAUUGCCUGGCAGCUUGGGCCGCAUGGGGCAAACCAAAAAUAUUAAAAACUGAUAAUGGACCAGCCUAUAUAGGCAAAGCCUUCAAUGAGUUCUGCAAAAUGAUGGAGGUUCAAUUAAAACAUGGUAUCCCAUACAAUCCCCAAGGUCAAGGAAUCAUUGAGAGGGCUCAUAGAAGCCUCAAAGAAAUUUUACAAAAACAAAAAGGGGGAGUAGGCCAAGGCCUGGCCCCAAAGGCACGAUUAUCCAUGGCACUAUUCACACACAAUUUUUUAAAUUUAAAUAAUGAUAAUCGCUCCCCAGCUGUGGAGCACUGCAACCCUUCCCCCAACCAUAAAGGGUGGGUGAAGUGGAAAGAUGUCCUGACAGGACAAUGGAUGGGCCCGGAUCCGGUAAUCAGCUGGAACCGAGGCGCGGUUUGUGUUUUCCCACAGGAACCGGGACGAGAACCACUGUGGAUACCGGAGAGACUGACACGGGCAACAAAGCCCUCGACUGAAGAUCAGACCUGCCCUACUGGAGAUCCAUCACAGACCAACCAACAAGAUGAAUAGAAAUAGCGGUAGCCCGAAAUGGACAAGAAGAUCCUCAGGCAUAUGCAUGGCUCGCUCGCCUAGCCUACGACCGAGUCUAGGGACGAAGCCAGAUAGAAGCCCGGAAGUAGAAGCCCAGAAGGAGCCGCAGAGAGCGGACCGAUAGAGGCUUCGGGGCAGACUGAAGCACAAGAGGAGCCGCGGAGAGCGGACCAAAGGAGGCUUCAGCUGGGAGAACCCAGGGCAGGCUGUACGGAGAAGGAAAAUAAAAAGAAAAGGUUGUCCACUA